GAUUUUGAAGAUUGGUUCUUGGUUCCUGGUUCUUAUAUUUGAUCAUUUGCCAGUGCCACUGAAAAAAAGAUUGAAUUUUUAUAAUCUUUGGUUUAUCUGAUUGGUAUGUUCACAAUUGGAUUUAUGGGGUUUUGGUUCGAAAGAUUGAAUUUUUAGGUGUGAACGAUAACAAUGGGAAUUAUUUUUAUUUAUUUUCUUGAUUUGGGUAUCUGGGGUUUUUGUGAUUUUGUAUCUAUGAGAUGAUCUUGGUAUAUCUUUGAUUCUACAUUUGGUGAUUUGAGUAUGUUCUUUUUCUUCUAUAAGGGUUAUCAGUGAUUUCAGUUUCUUGAUUUGAUUAUCAUAGGGAUUUGGGAAUGUGUGUAAUGGAUUUCUGCUAAUUUUGGGAUUCUUUUAAUUUUAUUGUUUUACAGUUUUUGGUGAAUUCUGAAUGAGUUUCUUGACAAAGAUUGAACCUUUUUGUUUGUUUUGUUGUCCAACAAGUUUACUGAGCUGAACUCGAGGGAAGUUUGAAUCUUUUGUUGUUGUUUUUUCUGAAAUUCCUAGAUGUUUAGCUUGGAGAGGUGGUGAAUUGCUUUAUCUUACUUGGGAGUGAAUUGGUUUGCGACUUUUGAUCUUCCGGGAUACUGAUUUUAACAUAGGAAGAAAUAAUUCAGUGCAUUUUGGAUUACUUUUUCGUUUUAGUUUAUAGUGGUUGGUGAAUUCUGAAUGAGUUUCUUGAAAGAUUGAACCUUUUUGUUGUUUUGUUAUUCGACGAGUUUACUGAGUUGAAUUUGUGGAAAGUUUGAAUCUUUUGUUGUUGUUUUUCUGAAAUUCCUAGGUAUAUAGUUUGGAGAGGUAAUGAAUUGCUUAAUCUCACUUGCGAAUGAAUUGGUUUACGACUUUCAAUCUUCCAGGAUACUAAUUUUGACAGAGGAAGGAGCAAUUCAUUGCAUUUUGAAUCCUUUUUCUUUUUUACUUUACAGUGGUUGUUGAAUUCUGAAUGAGUUUCUUGAAAGAUUGGACCUUUUUGUUGUUUUGUUAUUCGAUGAGUUUACUGAGUUGAAUUAGUUGGAAUCUUGAAUCUUUUUUGUUUUCUUCUAAAAUUCCUAGGUGUUUAGCUUGGAGAGGCAGUGAAUUGCUUUAUCUCACUUGGGAGUGAAUUGGUUUAGACUUUUGAUUUUCUGGGAUACUAAUGUUAACAUAGGAAGAAGCAAUUCGUUGCAUUUUGGAUUCUUUUUUCUUGUUUUACUUUAUAGUGGUUGGUGAAUUCUGCAUGAGUUUCUAGAAAGAUUGAACCCUUUUGUUGUUUUGUUAUUCGAUGAGUUUAUUGAGUUGAAUUUGUGGAAAGCUUGAAUCUUUUGUUAUUGUCUUUUUCCUGAAAUUCCAAGGUGUUUAGCUUGGAAGGGAAGUGAAUUGCUUUAUCUCAAUUUGGAGUGAAUUGGUUUACGAAUUUUGAUCUUCCGGAAUAUUAAAUUUAACAUAGCAAGAACCUAUUCAUUGCAUUUUGGGUACCUUUUUUUAUUUUACUUUACAGUGGUUGGUGAAUUCUGAAUGAGUUUCUUGAAAGGUUGAACCUUUUUGUUGUUUCGUUAUUUGACGAGUUUACUGAGUUGAACUGUGGAAAGCUUGAAUCUUUUGUUGUUUUUGUCUGAAAUUGCUAGGUGUUUAGCUUGGAAAGGAAGUGAAUUGAUUUUUCUCACUUGGGAGUGAAUUGGUUUACGAAUUCAGAUCUUCUGGGAUACCAAUUUUAGCAAUUUAUUGGAUGUUGCGUACCUCUUUUGGGGAAAUUCAGUUACAGCAAGUUGUGCCCUCCUUUGGGUAGAAUUCUUGAAAUACUGGUAAUUUUGAUUGAUGUUUGGAGAUUUUGACACUAUUGAAGAAAUGGUGUAAAUUUAGCUAGUUUUGGUGGUGGUGAAAUGUCAGUAGUAGUUUCUCCACCUCCAAGUGUUGCACCAUUUCCUGUCCCACCAAUUUUCUUGAGUCCACCUCCUCAGCUUUCUUCUCCGGCCCCUGCAUCUCAGCCUAAUGCGACAGCAUCACCUGUGUCUUCUCUUCCUCCAACAUUACCCCCGCAAUCUGCUCCUCCCCCGGCCUCACCACCACUACCACAAUCGCCUCCUCCAAGUAACGUGACAUCACCUCCUCCAAGUAACGUGACAUCGCCUCCUCCAAUGGCUUCCCCGCCCACAGAAUCUGCUCCUCCAACUGUUAGUCCUCCACCUAUCCCACCUGCUAGUUCACCGCCGCCUAUAUCUUCUCCUCCGCCUUCCAGUUCACCACCACCUCAAUCUUCUCCUCCUCCUACAUCUAGCCCACCAGUUAGUUCGUCACCACCUCCAAAAGUUGAGCCUCCACCUGUCUUACGUCCCCCACAACCAACUCCUCCUACAAGUUCACCUCCACCGCCUCCAAAAGAUGAUCCUCCUCCUAGCUCACCUCCACCACAACCAACCACUCCUCCAAGUUCACCUUCACCACCUCCCAAAGUUGAUCCUCCACCUUUUUCACCUCCACCAUCUGCCCAGAAUCCGGAUCCUACUCCACCACCAAAAUCUCCUGAACCUCCGAAAGGUUCAUCCCCUCCACCACCCGUGAACUCACCUCCAUCACCAGCGUCUGUGCCACCAAAAGGCUCACCUCCUACCCCAGCCUCUGACCCUCCUACAAAUUCACCUCCAUCUCCAGCAUUUACGCCACCACGAGGUUCAUCCCCUACACCAUCCUUUGAACCUCCUAAAAAUACACCUCCCUCACCACCAGUUCCUUCAGGUGGAACCACUACCAAUAGAUCCAGUGACGAUGCAGCAGGUAGCUCAAACAGUUCGAGUAGUAGCGGCAUAGGAACUGGAGGUACAAUUGCCAUUGGCGUCAUUGUUGCUGUUUUAUUGCUUAGUAUUGUUGGAGUAGUGGGUUGGUGCGUAUGGAAGCGAAAGAAAAAGGCUUUUCAUCCCAAUGGCGGGAAUGUCAUGCCAAGCUCUCUGGGCUCCACCCCAAAUUCUGAUUCCAUCUUAUUGAAGAUACAGGAAUCAACACCUCAAACCGGAAAUGGAACUGGCAACAAAUCCCUAAAUUCUCCUGGAGGAUCCGGUGGAUUUGGAAAUCCAAAGAUAUGGUUUACCUAUGAAGAAUUAGUUAAGGCUACUGGUGACUUCUCGACUGAGAAUUUGUUGGGGGCUGGUGGAUUUGGUUCUGUAUACAAAGGAUGUCUACAAGAUGGGAGGGAUGUAGCAGUAAAGCAACUAGAUAUUGGUGGGCGCCAGGGGGACCGGGAGUUCAGAGCUGAAGUUGAAAUCAUUAGUCGAAUACACCAUCGCCAUUUGGUUUCCCUUGUAGGCUAUUGCAUUUCUGAGAAUAGAAGGCUCCUUGUUUAUGAAUAUGUCCCAAAUAACUCCCUUUACUUCCAUCUUCAUGCGGAAGGAAUGCCUGUUAUGGAUUGGACAACACGUGUUAAGAUUGCUGUUGGUGCAGCUCGUGGAAUAGCUUAUCUGCAUGAAGAUUGCAAUCCUCGUAUUAUCCACAGAGACAUUAAGUCAUCAAACAUUCUUUUGGAUAUUAACUUUGAGGCUCGGGUUUCUGAUUUCGGAUUAGCUAAAUUAGCUCAGGAUACAAAAACUCAUGUUACAACACGUGUUGUGGGAACAUUUGGAUACAUGGCUCCUGAAUAUGCUUCAAGUGGCAAGCUAACUGAAAAAUCCGAUAUAUAUUCUUUUGGGGUUGUGCUUCUGGAGCUAAUUACUGGACGGAAGCCUGUUGAUACAUCUCAGCCUUUAGGGGACGAGAGUCUAGUUGAAUGGGCUCGACCGUUGCUUACUCAUGCCCUUGAGAAAUUUGAAUUUGAUCAGCUGGCAGAUCCACGCCUCGAGAGGAAUUAUGUUAUCCCUGAGAUGUUUCAACUGAUUGAGGCAGCUGCAGCUUGUGUGCGCCACUCAGCUGCAAAGAGACCAGGGAUGGGACAGAUCAUGAGAGCUUUUGAUAACAUGUCUGCAUCUGAUCUGACCAAUGGGAUGAAAGUUGGUGAAAGUACAAUAUAUAAUUCUGCAGAACAAUCUGCAGAAAUAAGAUUGUUCCGAAGGAUGGCAUUUGGUAGUCCAGAUUUUAGUUCUGAUUUUUUUAGUCAAGGUACACAGCAUAGUGGAGAGUCGGCUGAAGAUAGGGUAUAGUACACAACUAAAGGUCUUGUUAAAGCAAGUGUAUAUGUAUCUGUUCAUAGAUCAAAAGCACCUACGUUGAGAGGUACGCGUUUGCCUCUCCGAGGUGAUUUUGGUUAUGUUUUGUAAGUAGAUUCCUUUUUUGCUGCUUACAUAUAGGCCCUGCUAUUUUAGUAGCAAUUUUUCCUGUAAGUAACAUGAAUUUUUUUGUCAUCUCCAAUAUUUUUGUUCUUUCAAUGGUUAUUCAACUUAUUUGUUCUCAAAUGGUGGAAAUGUAAACUUUGAUGGAACGUAUAGGUCCUUGAGGAUAAAGCUUUUGUGAGAGGAAGCUUAGUAUUCAUCAAGAUUUCUACACCAAUGAAUCAACAAU